GCCGCCUCCUGUUCGCUCUGUCGCAGGAACACAUUCGUGUCGCGUUUGUCUUUGCGCUAGCACGUGCCUAAUCUCUUCGGCGUUUCAAUCCGUUCCGCGUACGCUCAGCCACGCCAGUUUGUUUAUCAAUCAAUCUACCUGCGAGUAGUUGAUCGCGUUCAGUUUGUUACCGUACAGUUGUUUAACUGUUUGUUGUUUGUUUUGUGUGUUAGCGUGAAUCGUCAAAGUAGUUGUGCAUAGAAGAGUUUUUUCUAUAGACGUUCCAAACGACGUUCACGUGCCACCCGCCUACCCCGAUGGCAACGCCCUCUCUCCUGUUCCGAUGAAGCCAUCUUCUGCGCCAUGUCGUCCGAAAACCAUCCACAUCAGAGAGAGGCUGCGCGCGCGACCAGGAUCGCCCGCUACAAGGAGGAGCGGCGCAGACAGCUGGCCGAGCAGUUCGGCAGGGGCGUCGGUGAAGCUGGGGGACCCGCCGCCGCCACUGGGUUCAGGGCCGGAUCGUCGUCCAGUGGGUCGGAGGGCGGUCCUAGACCGACCAGGGCUUCGAGUUUGAGGGCGCAGGUCGUUCUCAGGGUCGCGGGUUCGCCGAAGACGGAGAAAAGUGUAUCUCCUCUGUCAGAUGGUACUCCAAAAAAUAAACAGGAAAGGGAUAAAAGCAGCAAAAGAAAAUCGAACCUGAAUAGAUCUCUUACCUGCGAAGAAGUUCCACCAUCUAGUUUUAAUGAAGAUCAAAAGACCACUCGAAGACGCCGACGAUUCUUCCCCCAGGAGGUGCUGGACCAAUCUCCUCGGCCUCCCGCUUCAACCACUUCAGGUGAUACUCCAACGACUGCCUCGCCCCUAACUCCAUCUCCCAAUCUGCCUUCACCAGCUCGGUUCACUGCCUUGUCUUCGCCGACCGCUGCGUUCUCAUCUGCCACCGUCACUCCAACUUCUCCACUAACAACUCCAAGACUAACUACUCCUAGACGUUCGGACUUGUCAGUCCACAUGGAAAAUGCCAGACGGGCCGUCACCUCCCCUUCCACACCCGAUACGCACAAAUACAAACCUUUCGCCGCGAGGAAGGCCCAAAUGGCGUCCGUGUCCAAGGACAAGUCGUCGCCCGUUUCCUCUCUUGCCAGAACCAGUUCAGCCAAGCAAUCCGCUUCGCAUUCCGAUAACGAAACCAACAAGAACAUAGCCAAGAGAAUGGAGGAACUGAGAGCUUUCACGAGGGAGACUUUGGCUAGGGUGGAGAGACUGGCCAAUAGGACCAAGGAGAUUCCCGCUAAUGCCACGAAGAGGCAGAGUCCAGCUAGACAGGUUAUGGACACAACGCCCUCUUCCAUACUGAAGCGUAAACCGAGAGAGGAGAAAGAGACUGUUAUAGUUGUAGUUAACGAGACACCAGGCCCAUCACACGUUUGUCCUGUGUCCAUCUUAAAACGGAAAGUAGCCCAAGAUGAAAAGACUGAACCUCAUUCGACACCUGUCACAUUUUCACCCAGCGUCGUCGAGCCGGCCACGACCAAUCGUAAACAAGGAAUCUUGAAAAAGAGGCGGAGCCUAGACGAGUCUACCGUCAUGAGGCACAGGAGUUGCAGUCCGGACGUGGCCAACAAAUUUUCAGACUCAAAAUCAAUUCUCAAAAAUCAAAGGAGAUCGUCACUGGAGGAACUGAGAAGAACUCAGUCUCCUGAGAUACAUAUCCAGGGUAUUUUGAAGAGGAAACCUCGACCUGAUGAUGACGAUCAUUCUUUGAAUUCACCGCAGAGUAUUCUGAAACGACGAUCAGGAGCAAGUAGUGCUGGAAGCAAUUCUAGUACUCCACACGUAUCAAUCACUACAGCCGUUAUAUUGGCAGCGGCUGGUGGAGCUGAGAUGGUUCUGGAACCAGAGGCUUCUCAAGAGUCUGUAAAACCUAUUUUGAAAAAGAAAAGCUUUUCAGAAGAUUACUCUUACAGUUUUAGUGGUGAUAGUUCGUCGGACGGUCCUAAACCAAUUCUAAAGAAAAAGUCGAGCACGGACACGGAUGACGGCGAGGAUAAACCCAUGAGACCCAUAUUGAAAUUACCGAGAAAUAGCUUGGAGCGUGAAAUAUUGGAUACGGGUCAAGAGGGACGAUAUUCCAGAUUUUCCAGCCAGGAUUCCGACGACGUCAAACCGAUCCUCAAAUCUGGAUCCUUGCGCGCCGAAUCGCCCAGGCCGCGCCUCUCCUUCUGCGGCGACGCAGCAACCGCACCCUCCACCUCGUCCGACGUGGAGGCGAGCCGAUUCCGCACCUCCCGCCGGUCCUACACGGUCUGCGCCGAUUUCAACGUCACCUCGAACGCGAUAGGGCGCAGCAGGGAGGACGACCGGGAUCUGAAGAAGGCGCGACCUCUUUCGGUCUUGGAACUGAUCAAGACCUUCGAGAAGAACGUCGGUACCGGCGAGGGUAAGAGCGAUGGGAAUGGCGGGGCUAUUCCGAAGAAGAGGAGCGGGGAUAGGUACAGGACGCAGCCGGUGACGUCCAACGAACUGGAAGCGAGUCGCAAUCUUGUCAACCACACAAGCCCUAGACACGCCUCCCAAUCUGAGGAUCACUCUCCCCGCCCCUCUCAGUUUUCUUACCACGCCCACAGCACUCUGUCAGGCUCGUCCCGAUCACUGGACGCCGCCACCUUUGAUUUCACAUCGCCGUUAGAGAAUGAGAGUCGCCUAAACUCCUUCCUGUCAUCGUCUUUCCAAACUGUGGGCGUGUCUCCAGAAAGCCCUGUCUGUCACAAAACUUCUUCUGAUUCCGCUUUCCAAUCGCUGGGCGACGGACUAGAGUUAGAAGAACCUCCAGAAGAAACUGAAGAGUCAGAUAUGUCGUUGGCGAGCCAGAUGAGAAGUUUGGCCGAAGAGGCGAAGAAAAAACGACAGGAGAGAGAUCAAAACAUAUCUGAACGCCGUGGCAUCCUCAAACAGCCACACCCUAGCGACGCCUCUUCCCCUUUACCGCGUCGCAGUCAGUCGUUCGCGUCGGCUCGUCCCGCCCUCCGUAGGCGUGACUCCCCGCCCGCCGAAACUACACGAUUAGAUUCGUUCCCACUCGAGUCGUCUCGGGCGGAAUCGGCCUUUCGUAAAGUGAAACCGAGUCGAACGGAGACCGCGACAGACAAAGACGACGAAGGCAUUUCGUGUAACGAUUCCGGAUCGGAUUCGGAAACGUCAGAAGUGAAGGGGCGUGUCCAGCGGAACAAAGGCGGAGCUCUGGACGAUACGUCGGAGGGUGAGAGUUCGGGCGGUAGGGAGGUGAAAAGUAUCUUCAGGCACGAGAAUAGCCGAUUGGGAUUGAAUUUCAAGUAAGUAGAAAAAUGUGCUAUUUACAUUUUGUAUGG